UUUAAUGUUCUGAAAUUUUCUUCUUAGUCUUCUUAAAUUAACCUCUUCCAUUAACCUAUCAUGUCAAAUAACCUUUUUAAUAUACAGAAAGACAUCCAGUCUUUUUCUUUCCAGAGAAAUUUUUUAUAAUAAAAGAGAGAUGAAUGCAAGGAUCCAUUGAUCACAACGCCUUCCCCUGUUUUUUCCUCUCUCUCUCUCUUCUCAAGCAUUACAGAGAGAAAAAUAGUGAGGGAGGGAGAGUGAACCCCUGUUCUUUAGAGAAGAAGAAGCAGAAGAGGGUGAGUGAUUCUUCCUGACAGGUGGAAUCCAAGAACAAAUAGAGAACUGCAAAAACAAGUUGUAGUUAUGGCAGAACAAAGGAAAGUAGAAGUAGUAAUGGCAGAGGAAGAUUACUGUACUCAGGAUGGUACAGUAGACUAUCGUAAUAACCCGGCCGACAAGACGAAGACGGGAACUUGGAAGGCUUGCCCAUUUAUCUUAGGAAAUGAAUGCUGCGAGAGAUUGGCAUAUUAUGGAAUGGGUACAAAUCUAGUGACUUAUCUGAAAGUGCAACUUAACCAACAUAAUGUUGUAGCCGUCAAUAAUGUCUCGAACUGGUCUGGGACUUGUUAUGUUACGCCAUUACUUGGAGCUUUUCUUGCUGAUGCAUACCUUGGAAGAUAUUGGACUAUUGCAAUUUUCUCUAUCAUCUAUGUUUUUGGAAUGACGUUGUUGACACUGUCAGCAUCUGUCCAUGGACUGAAACCGCCUUGCGACAGCCAAGGAUUAAAUUGCCAUCCAAACGGGCUUCAAACUAAAAUAUGUUUUGUGGCGCUUUACAUGAUAGCUCUUGGCACUGGAGGGAUUAAACCUUGUGUUUCAUCUUUUGGUGCGGAUCAGUUUGAUGACACAGACGAGAUUGAAAAGAAGCGUAAAAGCUCUUUCUUCAACUGGUUUUAUUUUACAAUUAAUAUUGGUGCACUCCUAGCUGCAUCAGUACUAGUAUACAUACAGACCGAUGUUGGUUGGAGCUGGGGUUUCGGUAUCCCAGCAGUUGCCAUGGCAAUUGCAGUAGUGAGUUUUUUCUCUGGUACUCGGUUAUACAGGAACCAGAAACCAGGAGGCAGUCCCCUAACCCGAAUCUGUCAAGUAAUAGUAGCAACUUUGAAGAAAUUUCGGGUUGAAGUUCCAGCAGACAAGUCUCUUCUGUAUGAGACCUCAGAUGAAGAAUCUGUUGUUAAAGGUAGCCGCAAGCUUGAUCAUACAAAGACAUUGAGUUUCCUGGACAAGGCAGCAGUUGAGGUACAAACGGAUCACAUAAAGGGGACGGUGAAUUCUUGGAGUCUCUGUACAGUUACUCAAGUUGAAGAACUCAAAGCGUUAAUCCGGUUACUUCCUGUAUGGGCCACUGGAAUCAUCUUUGCAACAGUAUACGGUCAAAUGGGAACAUUGUUUGUUUUACAAGGAAGUAGCAUGGACAUCAGCAUAGGUAAGUUUGAGAUACCCUCUGCGUCUCUCUCCAUAUUCGAUACUCUCAGCGUUAUCUUCUGGGUCCCAGUUUACGACCGAGUUAUCGUCCCAUUUGCGAGAAAGUUCACUGGCCAUAAAAAUGGUUUCACUCAACUGCAAAGAAUGGGAAUUGGCCUUUUCAUUUCUAUCUUCGCCAUGGUGGCCGCUGCAAUUUUGGAGCUCUAUAGACUAAGAUUAGUGAAGAAACAUGACUAUUACGACCUGGCGCACGUUCCCAUGUCAAUAUUUUGGCAAAUCCCCCAAUAUUUCAUUAUCGGUUGCGCUGAGGUUUUCAUGUUCAUCGGACAGUUAGAGUUCUUCUACGAGCAAGCACCGGAUGCCAUGAGAAGUUUGUGCUCUGCUCUGUCGCUCACAACUGUUGCGCUAGGGAACUACUUGAGCACCUUCCUCGUUACAAUUGUUACAGAUAUUAGCACAAAAAAUGGGAAGCCGGGAUGGAUACCAGAUAACUUGAACAGGGGACACCUUCACUACUUUUAUUUCCUCUUGGCAGUUCUGAGUGUUCUGAAUCUUGGCGCUUAUCUCCUUGUAGCGAAGUGGUAUACAUAUAAGAAGGCAGUCGGAACCCUUCGUUAACCGGUUGAUAGAUGUCUAAUGUUCCUGCACUAUGAAAGCUAAAGAUUGAUGAAAUCAGUGUUGUUGUACUAUGGGUGUGAAAUGUUUUUAGUUUUUCAGUUCUUUCCUGCACUUUUAGCAAGCUAAUUUCUCACGCUCGUCUUACUGUUCUCUAAAUUACCAAGCCAGUUUAAUAUUUCUGAAUAUAAGUGUUUGGGUUUCUGACAAGA